UUGCUCCUCGUUUCGAACCCCGUCAAUGUGGAGGUGUACGUCCCGUGGAAGGACGUGGGACUGGGCGCGAUCACGAAUGUAACGACGCAGUUGCAGCGCGUAUUUUCUGUGUCGCAGAAUACGAAUGCCACUGGGCUGAACUUUAGGCCUGGGGGUAUCAUGAUAGAAGGACCGAGGAAGCAACUCGUAAUGACAUGUCACUAA